AAUUAUUUUGGUUGUUUGGACUCGUAUUUUCAAGUUUUCAAAAUAUUAUGAUUGCCCUGUAUUUAACUCCGUUAGAAGUAACUAGAGGUCACCAUUUAACUGUUUUAUAAAAAAAUAAAAAAAAAAUUCGUGCCCAAAGGGGGGCGCACCCUCGUUUGAAACACCCCCCGAAGGCAUUUUCAGUGUUUUUCCAAAUUGGUCAUUCUCAUCUAUGUGCAUUUAUACUGAUGAUCAUAAAUUACACUGAGGUGGACUCUUGGAGGCUGAAUACAAAUCAACACUUUUCAGAUUAAAUGCGACAAUAUUUUUGUUCCACACGGUCCUGUCAAAGUGUGUGAUUGCAAGGUCACAAAAUGUAAAACAGGUCUAGAACUUUUUAAUCCAAUCACUAAAUGGCUUAAAAUAAAUCAAAUUAACUACUGUAUAACGUAAUAAAGAGAGCAGAGUGGGAAAGCUUUCGGGCGUUUCGCCGUGGUCGUGACGUCACGCGGCGUGUCAUCGAAGGGCAGUCGCAGUGCGAUGCCGAGUCGGUGUCGGUGGUUCGGUUCCGGCCGUGCGCGAGGAUGUAACCUUGCCUUCCUUCCAGUUGCAAGUGUCAGCGAGCGACGCCAAGCGCACAGCGCCAGUUUGAUGAGACAAGUAUACGGCAGGAAAUGCGACGUCUUUCAAAGAGGAAACAUGCAGUGUUGCUAUUGGUGCUCCUUGCGGGGGGCUUCUACUUUGUUCGAUAUUCAGACUCAGUCAACAACGACCUGAAUACGUUCGAGGAGCCGGCACCGGUGAACUUAACACGGAAGUUAGAAAGGAUGGUCAGUAUGGAGUCGUGGGUGGAACAGGGAGACUACCUGCCUCUCAACGUGACCUAUCAGCUACUUGCAGGAGUACCAUCCACUCGAUCUAGGUAUCUAUGUAUUGGAUUAUCUUCGAUAAAGAGGAAGAAGGGCAGCUAUCUGAUCCCCACGUUAGUGUCCCUCUUCUCCCAGUCGUCUCCCAAAGAGCGCUCGUCCAUGGUGGUUGUCGUGCUGCUCGCAGAUUUUGAUGUCAGCUGGCGGAUGACCACAGUGACCAAGAUCAAAUCGGAGUUCUCCUCGGCGCUAGAGCGAGGUCACCUCUUGGUCAUUCACGUCAGUGAGGAAUGGUAUCCGCCCACUGCAGGUCUAAAGAGGAACUACAACGAUUCUCCAGAAAGAGUAUCAUUCCGUUCCAAGCAAAACCUGGAUUAUGCUUUCCUUGUGCACUACAGCUCAGGCCUGGGCAGAUACUACCUUCAACUAGAGGACGACGUGUCCUCCGCAAAGAACUUUCCCACUUCUAUAAAGAAGUGCAUCGAGGAGCAAAAAGCCAAAAAGAGGAUCUGGGCAAUGCUGGAGUUUUCCAGCCUCGGCUACAUCGGAAAACUCUACAAGUCAGCUCAUCUACCUCUGCUGGCACGGUUUCUCUUCCUCUUCUAUCAAGAAAUGCCCUGCGACUGGUUGAUGUCUCACUUUCGACUGCUGCUGACUCAGAAGGAACCCAUCAUGUUCAAGCCUUCACUAUUCCAGCACAUCGGGACUUUUUCCUCAUUCCAGGGUACCUAUAAUAGACUAAAAGACAAGGACUUCGAGGAGAGUGUCUACUCCAAUCCUCCGGCUGAGGUUUUCUCAGACAUGUCUAUCUACAAGAAACACUUCCCCAAACUGGCCUGGGAUGCCGGAGAAGGAUUCUUCUGGGGCCGGUCUCCAGAGAGAGGCAACUAUUUGACUGUGGUAUUCACAAACCCCAGAGUAGUGACGGGAAUAACCGUAGAGACUGGGUCAGAGGGGAAAGACAUCCUGGCCUCAGCGCAAGUGGAACUAGGACACAAUGUGAUCACCACUUCCAAGGAGGAGAAAACUUGCAAGGAUUUCUAUACAUUGGGGUUCAUAGAGAACGGUUGGUUUGCGAUGUGGGAGGUAGACAAAAACUAUGGCUCCGCCUCUUCAUGUUUGAGGAUUCAAGUCACAGCCGGGCAGGAGGAGUGGGUCAUCAUUCGGAAAAUCAGGAUCUCAACAUAGGCCGGCUGGCCUCCACACCAAGUACUUGUGUGUCGUCAGUGUUUCCGCACAAGGUAAACCAAUGGUUUGCGAGUGUGGUGUCAAAUCUGGGCUCAUUUAUGACACAAAGCUGAUAUAGUUAGCUGUGACUUCUGUUGUCUGAAUUUGAACAGGUGGAUGCAUAGCUCUAUUGUACCUUUUGCCAUCCAAUGGAAAUGUAUUGAAUUGUUCUGCCUGUCACAAUAAGAUGAAUAACAAAUAUAUAUUUCAGACGAAUGAUUAUUUUAAAUAAAACAAUGAAAGCUGUCGUCAGAACACUGAACACG